AAGAAUGUUUGAGUAGCCGGCCGGGAGGCGGAACAGGUUUCUCAGCCGUGGGUUUUGUGGGGAAAGGCGUGUUCCUCUCUCCUUAAAGGCACAGGUGCAUCAAUGAGGGAGGUCAUUGCCGCCCUGAGUUCAGGUCCAUUGCAGAGGCAGAGAGAGUCUUCCAGAGUGAGUGACAGCUGUCAAUCAGGAUGGGAGGGAAGCCUUUGCUGGACCGGCACCAUGCCCUGCUUGGCCAAGGGACCGAGGAGGAGAUGGAAAUAUUUGGCUACAGGACCCAAGUCUUCCGGAGGGCCCUUUGCAUUUCUGGCUACCUCUUCUCCUGUGGAGCCCUUCUGCUCUUCUUCUACUGGAAGCCGGAGUGGGACGUCUGGGCCAACUGCGUUCCCUGCAACCUGGAGGAGGCCGAUAUUGUAUUGUUACGAGCAACAGAUGAGUUCCAGAGAUACAAGAGGAAGAAGGUGAUCUCCCUCAACCUGCAGCAUCUUCUGGACCAUGAGAAACCGGAGCAGCUCUUCAGCGAAGACCAGGAAUCUAUCAUCCACAGAGCCAUUGUCAGGCCUGGAUGCAAAGUGAGGUACAUCCAGGUGCAAAAACUCCGCUACAUCUGGGAUGUUCUCGGAAAAGCUUUUGUCAGAGUUGGGUCUCUUGAGGACAGCAACACGUGCUAUCAGAUACACCAGAAAUUUGGAGACGGGCUGACCCGGAGGCAGAGAGAACUCAGGAAGUUGGUGUGUGGACCCAACGCCAUCGAAAUCGAAAUCCGACCAAUCUGGAAACUGCUUUUCACUGAGGUCCUGAACCCAUUCUACAUCUUCCAAGCCUUCACCCAGAUGCUCUGGCUCUCCAUGGGGUACUAUGAGUUUGCCUCAUUCCUCGUUGUCCUCUCCGUCCUCUCCAUUGGGAUCACCGUCUAUGACCUUCGGCAGCAAUCCGUCAAACUUCACAACCUGGUAAAGGAGCAUAACAAGGUCCAUGUCACUGCCUGGACCAAACAUGAAGGUGGGCACCAGUUGGAGUCCUGCCACUUGGUCCCUGGAGACGUCCUCCUCUUGGAAGGGCAGAGGCUCUCCUUGCCCUGCGAUGCCAUCCUCCUGGAUGGAAGCUGCGUGGUCGACGAAGGCAUGCUCACAGGUGAGAGUGUCCCGGUGACCAAGACCCCUUUGCCCCAAGCGGACAACGUCCAGCCCUGGAAGAAGCACAGCCUGGAGGACCACCGGCGCCACGUCCUCUUCUGCGGCACAGAGGUCAUCCAGACCAGGCCCAGUGGCAAAGGGCCGGCCAGAGCCGUCGUGCUGCAGACAGGUUUCAACACGGCCAAAGGGGACCUGGUGCGGUCCAUCCUCUACCCGAAGCCCCUGAACUUCAGACUCUACAGAGAGGCCUUCCUCUUCAUUGUUGGCCUGAUGUUUGUUGCAACUCUGGGACUGAUCUAUGCCAUCUGUGUAUACGCAGAGAACAAGAGACCCGUGAAAGAGACGGUGAUGAUGGCCUUGCUUCUGCUGACCACGGUGGUUACUCCGGCCCUCCCGGCCGCCUUGACCACCGGCAUCGUCUAUGCCCAGAAGAGGUUGAAGAAGAGGAAGAUCUUCUGCAUCAGCCCCCAAAGGAUCAACAUCUGUGGGCAGCUCAACCUGGUCUGCUUUGACAAGACUGGCACCUUGACAGAGGAUGGGCUGAAUCUCUUUGGCGUCGUCCCUUGCCAGGACGCAAGCUUCCUCCCCUUGCACAGCUUCUCCUCGGGCCCUCUGCCCUGGGGACCCCUGUGCCAAGCCAUGACCACCUGCCACUCGCUCCUCUUCCUGGAUGGGAGGAUUCAGGGGGACCCCAUGGACCUCAAGAUGUUUGAAGGCACCGGAUGGGAGAUGGAAGAAUCCGGUUCGGGAGACCCAGAGAGCGGUGCGCCCAAGACAUGCUCCGUGGUUAAACCAGGACCCAAGGCUUCCAAGGCCCCGUCGGAAGGGAUGUCCAUCCUGCACCAGUUCCCCUUCUCCUCGUCUCUGCUGCGGAUGUCGGUCGUCACCAAAGAGCUGGGCAAGGACACCCACGGACUCUACAUGAAGGGAGCCCCCGAGACCGUGGCCGGAUUCUGCCUGCCCAAAACUGUGCCGCCCUCCUUCCAAGCGGAGCUGAAGUCCUUCACGGCCCAGGGCUUCCGGGUCAUUGCCUUGGCCCACAAAGAGCUCUCUCUGGACGCAGCGGACAGCCUCAGGGACCUGGACAGGGACGAGGUGGAGUCCGGCCUGACCUUCCUGGGCCUCCUGGUCAUGGAGAACCGGCUGAAGGGCGAGACCCGGCCUGUCCUGGAGGAGCUCAGGGAGGCCCGCAUCCGGACUGUCAUGGUCACAGGCGACAACCUGGAGACGGCCAUCACGGUGGGCAGGAACUCCGGCAUGAUCCCUUCGGGAGACAGAGUCAUCCUGGUGGAAGCCAGUGACCCUGAAGAUCCCUAUCCAGCAUCCGUGACUUGGCAGACCGUGGAGGACACUCAGCCCUGCAAGGAGAAGAACCAAGUAAGGCAGUCAGUUCUAAAUUCUUCACAGAAAUUUAGUCUGAGUGGGAUUAAUAGAUCCAUGGGCAGCAGCAGUUUCCACUUUGCCAUGAAUGGGAAGACCUUUCAAGCACUCCAGAAAUCCUUCAGCUCUUUGCUGCCAAAGAUUCUUGUGAACGGGACGGUGUUUGCACGGAUGUCUCCAGGGCAGAAGUCCAGCCUGGUGGAAGAGUUCCAGAAACUGGAUUACUAUGUGGGGAUGUGUGGAGACGGAGCCAACGACUGUGGGGCCUUGAAGAUGGCUCAUGCGGGGAUCUCCCUCUCGGAGCAGGAGGCCUCCGUGGCCUCGCCCUUCACCUCCCAGACCCCCAACAUCCAGUGCGUCCCAGAACUCAUCCGGGAAGGUCGUGCCGCCCUCAUCUCCUCCUUUGCGGUGUUCAAAUACCUGGUCCUUUAUGGCAUGAUUCUCUCCAUGGGCUGUGCUUUGCUUUACUGGCAAAUGCAGGUCUUUGGGAAUUAUCAGUUCCUCGUGCAAGAUGCUGUUGCUAUGGCGGCCGGCCUGACAAUGAGCCUAACGCAUGCCCACCCCCGACUGGCCCCCUUCCGCCCCUCCGGGCGCCUCAUCUCCCCGCCGCUCCUGCUCUCCGUCGUCUUCAGCAUCCUCUCCAACCUCGCCAUCCAGACCUGGGGCUUCGUCUUCGUCAAGCAGCAGACCUGGUAUGCGCAGGUGCGCAGCUACAGCGCAUGCUCCCCUGGAAACCAGUCUUCCUUCCCCAUUGGGGGCAAUGAGGCUCCCAACGGCACAUCGGCCACAAGGAACAUAGUGGUGAGCUAUGAGAACACCACGCUCUACCACCUGGCCACCCUCGACUGCUGCGUCCUGGCCUUUGUCUUCUGCAAGGGAAGGCCCUUCCGGAAGCCCAUCUACAGCAACUGUGAGUCCCAGUGGGGAAGCAACCCUUCCCAGUAUCAACAGUUCCAGGCCUUUGCCAUUAAAGCCCCAUUGGCCUCUUUGCAGCUUCUUGGACCACUGAGUAGAAUAGUAACCUGGUCCCCUUUCUGGUCAGGAGCAAUGUAAAUUUGUGUUUUUAAAGAUCAGUUCCAAGUAAUCUAAGCCAGGUUUUCAGAUUCCAUUAUGACUCCCUUAUCAUUUAUUAACACCCAACCAUGUAUGCUCUCUCUAAAAAUGUUCUAGGUCUUCCAAGGUGACUCCGUGGCAUUCUUAAGCCAGAAAUCCUCCAUUUCACUAGGGUUUGCUCUUGUCUAUGCUUUGGCACAGG